GGCCGGAUUUGGUCCUGUUUUAGUGAGAAUGCAACUUUACCAUCUUGUUGCUGUUGAUCAACCGCUCAACUUCCCAUUGCCGAGUCAACCGAGUCACUCAGCCCAACUCAAUCCCAAAUCAGUAACCCAACACAUCACGAAAAGUCAGUAUUGAACCAACCAAAAUCUCCAGAACCGAGUAGAGGCCACCACUGCUAACGCCAACCAAAAGUCCCCCAAGAAUGGAUGAAACAGACCACCAAAAUCGCCCCUAUUUUUGGGGAAACACCCCAGAAGAAGAGUACUACAAUCUCCAAGGAAUCAAAUCUUCCAAAUCACUGUUCACCUCUACCAGAGGCCUGUCCCUCUUCACCAGAUCAUGGCAACCCCUUUCCACUCCACCCCGCGCCCUUAUCUGUAUGGUUCAUGGCUAUGGCAACGAUAUCAGCUGGACCUUCCAAGCCACUCCAAUUUUCCUUGCCCAGAUGGGUUUCGCCUGCUUCGCCCUUGACCUUCAAGGCCAUGGCCAAUCAGAAGGCCUCAAGGCCUACGUCCCCAACGUCGACCUUGUGGUUGAAGAUUGCGUCUCCUUCUUCAAUUCAAUCAAACAGGACGUUUCCUUCCAUGGAUUGCCCUCAAUUUUGUACGGGGAGUCGAUGGGCGGCGCUAUCUGUCUGCUGAUUCAUUUAUCAAACCCUAAUUCAUUUCAAGGCGCUAUUCUGGUGGCACCCAUGUGUAAAAUCUCAGACAAUGUCAGACCCAGAUGGCCAAUUCCUCAAAUCCUCACAUUUCUUGCCAGAUUCUUUCCCACCUUGCCGAUUGUACCGACCCCAGAUAUCUUGGACAAGUCUGUGAAAGUUCCUGAAAAGAAAAUUAUUGCAGCAAUGAAUCCUCUGAGAUAUAAGGGGAAACCAAGAUUGGGUACUGUUGUUGAGCUUCUGAGGAUUACUGAUUACUUGAGUCAAAAACUGGGUGAGGUGAAACUUCCAUUUAUUGUGCUUCAUGGCAGUGCAGAUGCUGUGACUGAUCCGGAUGUGAGCAGAGCUCUGUAUGAAGAGGCCAAAAGUGAAGACAAGACUAUAAAGAUUUACUACGGGAUGAUGCAUUCUCUGCUGUUUGGAGAGACUGAUGAGAAUGUUGAUAUUGUUCGUCGUGAAAUUCUGUCAUGGUUGAAUGACAGAUUUUGAAUUUUUAGAAGCUCUGCAUGACGCCAUAUAUUUAUCAUCCAUUUACAUUCUGAGUCGAAUUUCAAGCUUUAAUAUUAAGUUUUAUAUUUAUCAUCCAUUAUAUUUCGGAGUGAAACUUCAAUCUUUC